UAGGUUCUCCCACACCUCAUAUUGGCUCUUUUCCAUCAAGAAUAAUUAUGAAAUCUUUGCACCAGGUUCAGUUUUUUCUAUCUUAGUAAUAAAAAUGGAUGCUAUUAACGCAUUUGUCAAUGCCCCAGGUAACCAUGAGAUGUUGGCAUUGCUGAAAGGGAUACGUAAUGGAAUAGUGUAUGGAGCCAAAAUCAGAUUCCCUCAUGCAUUGGUUAUGACUUUGCUAUGGAGAAGAGGAUCUAUUCAAAACUUGGCAAGGAUCAUCUUACGAGCAACAUAUCAACAUGCAAAAAAUUUGGGGCAGUUUGUGUUUUUGUACAAGCUGAUCAAUACAAUCUUACGGAGAAUGGGAAGUGGAAAGAAAGAACCAUGGCAGGUUUUUAUAUCUGCUUGUGUUGGUGGUUACUAUGUAUUUGGUGCCAACAAUCCCAUUAACAUGCAGAUCAACAUGUACCUGCUUUCUCGCAUCAUAUUUGGACUCUGCAGACUGGGUGUUCAGAAAGGUUAUUUGCCAAGCCCAAAUAAAACUGAAGGUGGGCGUGAUCCUUUCCCAAUAUUUGGUGCAGUCGUAUGGGGCAUUGUAUUGUGGUUGUUUGAAUACCACAGGAAAACACUGCAGCCAUCCCUACAGUCUUCAAUGACAUAUCUGUACGAUGAUAGCGAGGAAUGGAGCAGCAUAAGAGACUUUCUCUUGUAAUGUUUUUACAGAAUUCAAUAGAUAUUUUCUACAACACUACCUUGCUCAUUGCUAACAUGAUCUAACUCUCGAUUAGCAAUAACCGAGCUGCUGCAGCAUGAUUCUUUUUUAACUUCAACAAAAAUAAUUCCCCUAAUUUUCAUCUGUUUCUGAAAAAAAUAUUCUGUGCAAUAAUAUUUGUAAAUAAAAUUUAAUGUUUA